UCCUUCUAAAUCCUUCCAAGCGACUGUUGUUUUCUCCUCGGAACUGAGUAAUUUCCGGUAGGUAGUUGUUCCACCGUGGCGCCGUCGGGGCCGCAAGCCCUCUCUCGAAGGAAACCUUCAUCUUCGUCAUCGGAAUCGCCGUCGUCCGGUCCAGGUGUUAGUAGAGUGGUGAUCAGAGAGUCUUUGAGAAACAAUUCGAGGUUUGAGUAUCCGUUCUGGCAACAGAACUGGUUCAUAGGAUUGCUUUUCGUGAUGGCCAUGGGAUUCUUAGCUCUCGCUGUCUUCCUCCUCCUCAACCUUGACGUCGAUCAUGGAUCGCCUUCAUCUGCAUCCGCAGCUUCAUCUCCAGGCGUCGAGAUUACUUAUGGGACGGUUCUUAAGCUGAUGCAUGAGAAAACGAAGUUCCGGCUUCAUUCUCACGAUGUGCCAUAUGGUUCGGGCAGCGGACAACAGUCCGUGACAGGCUUCCCAAAUGUAGAUGACUCCAACAGCUACUGGAUUGUGAGGCCUCCGCCAGGGACAUCUCCUAAACAAGGUGAUACCAUCAAAAGCGGGACAAUCAUUAGGUUGCAACAUAUGAGGAGUAAAAAGUGGCUGCACAGCCAUUUGCAUGCAUCCCCAAUAUCAGGCAACCUAGAGAUUAGCUGCUUUGGAGGAGAAACAGAAUCAGAUACUGGUGACCAUUGGAGGCUCCUUAUUGAGGGGAGUGGGAAGAUAUGGAAGCAAGAUCAAAGGAUUCGGCUUCAGCAUGUUGACACUGGUGGCUUCCUACACAGUCAUGACAAGAAGUACACCAGAAUAGCUGGUGGACAGCAGGAGGUUUGUGGUGUUCGAGAAAAACGUCCUGAUAACGUGUGGUUGGCAGCAGAAGGUAUCUACCUCCCAGUUACUGAGACUAAGUAGAAUAUAGUCAAUUUUAAAGAACACUUAUUUGCAAAAGCAGGUACAUGGGUUUUUGGUUUUUAGGCGGCUGGUGCCUGUUUCUAUAAUAGCUGUAGCUUUCUACUAAUUGAAAUAUAUUUCACGGAAGAGCAUUCAGUCCUUAAUGAUAUGUCAUUAAUGUUUUGCACCUUUAGACGUUACUUAUUGUAGUCCACCUAUAUGUAGUUUCAUUUUGUUACUUUUGUAGAGCAGGCUGAUGUCCUCUGCUGCUACCUAAAAAGAAAGAAAAAGAGACCUUGAGGUGGAUGCAUGCUUUGGGGUUUUAUGCAUUGUCUGUAUUGUAAUCAUGUUCUCAAUGGAAUUAUGUCUUUAACAUGCAUAAAGCUUGCAAUGGUUU